ACUAUCUGCUUUUAAUUCCUCAAUUAAAAGGGCCUGGACCUUUAGGCAUCUAGAGAAGUACUCAUGGUAGGGAGCUUUCGGGAAAAAGAGGAUCAGUUCCGUGGAUUCAUUUGGUCCUUGUUGCCCAUGAGGACAGCCUUUGGACCCGGUCUCUGGCUGCACACCUGGAAGCGUGGGCUAUUCGAGCUGUGUGCCAACUGUAUUGUCCCCUCUCUACAAUUCAGAUUCCUCUUCUGCUGAGACUGGGGGAAAGGAAGCCGUGGUAAGAACCACGGACAGCUCCACAAUUUUGCUGUUGGUUUGCUUUUAGGUUUCCCCUUCUCGGCAAGGAAACAUUUCCCUUAUUAGUAGAGGUUUUCCCCCGGGAGCAGGGCGCAGAAGGGGAAGAUGCUGUUUACUUAAUUGGAAACGGUGCGAGGUCUGCCUGGGUCCUUCGGUCCCACCCCUCUAUCCCUGCGGACUCUAGGUUCCUUCCUGGGAGCUUACCCCUAGAGGUAGCCGGCGGUAUUUCCAUGCAGGGGGUCUCGUCCCGGGUGAGGAGGAGGGGGGCAGUGCGCUCCUCGCCCCGCAGCGAGCUGCGGUUCUGUCAGUUCAUCUACAGUCAGUGCAUGUCCUUCGCUGACGUCAAUCGGAGCUGCCCCGUCCCUAUAUAAAUCUGGCAGCAGCCCCGGGACACUACCCGCCUUCCCCAGGCACUGGCAACCAGCCCCGGGCUCCCGGACUCCGGUUCCAUUGGGACAGUGACCGAAGCUCUGCUGCCCGGCCCCCCCACGGCAACACCCUCGGAGAAACCAGGACCCGCAGCGGCGGCACCCACGCCAUGAGACGGCCGGGGCGCACGGUUCUGUGGGCGGCACUGCUGCUGCUCUCGCUCCAGCUGCGCCCGAGCACCUGCAGCCGGGGGCCUCUAGAGGCCGUGUCCCCCCGGGACGAGGGUCUGGACCGGAGUUUGCGGUGGAGUCCCAGGAGUCCGGCCGGGGGAGCCCGUGCCCUCCUCCUCCUGACCGAACGUUUCCCGCGUUUGGCCGCUGGGACAGGCGCCCUCUUCUCGCCCCUAAGCUACCGCUCCAAACCCAAACGGGACGAAUCUCCCGUUUCCAUCGACCUGACCUUCCACCUGAUGAGGACCCUGUUGGCACAGGCACGGUCGCAGAGCCAGAGGGAGCAAGCCAAGCAGAACCGGAUCAUCCUGGACUCGGUGGGCAAGUGAACCCGGCCUGGCCAACCCCGUUCUGCCCGCUGGGACCUAAGGGGCGGCGCCGUCUUGGGUCUUGGGACCGGUCUCGGAGCCAGUCUUGGAAGCCCCCGGAACUGUGCGCGGCGCGGCCGGGGCCGGCUCCCUUCUGAGGACCAUGCUUCUGUCUUCUAAUAAAAGCGUUGAAGAGUC